ACGUAUUUCAGAUGAAUCAGGACAAAGAACUAGGCACUCUGUAACACUGCUGUGAAGAAGUACUACAGGUACCAGAAAAAACAUAGCACUCAUCUUGUGAAAUAUCUGUGUCGUGUAGAAAUAUCUUCCUUGAUAGGAAGGAGUUCGCGCCGCAGAGGACUUCCAAUUCCUUAUCUAAAUCUAUCAUUUUCUUUUCCGUCCUAAAAACAGUGCCUUAAGUUUUCAUUCCAUUAGAAUUUGGGUACUGGCAACAUGGCCAAGGGUGAUGAGGAAGGAGCUGCAGUCUUAAUGCAUAUGCCAAGUGGCGAACAGUCGGAAAUGUCUGGAAAAAAGGAGGAAGGAGAUGCAGUCGAGGCAGCUGCGGAGUCCAAACAAGUAGAUGGUGUUGAGAGGGUACAAGACGCAUCCUCGGGCUCAGCUGCCGAUGUGCCAGGAGCAUCUUUGAGGAACAAAGCUGAAGCAGGAGAAGAUGCCACGACUACAUCAAGUGCUGGGCCAUCUGCAAUACAAGGUGAUGGUCACGAGCCUCAGCCAGAAGGAGCCUUGGAGGCAGACCCUGAAAGAGAAAAUAUGGGACUACCUUCGACAGAUGUGGACGCACUAGGUCGACAGAUGGAGACCUUGAUGCAGAGUCUAGAAGCUGUAUGAGGAGUAUUAUUGAUCUGAAUCUGUAGUCGACAGGCAUAUUAUUUCAAUUUCUUGAAUUUCAUCCGAAUAUGUCCAAUUUAUUCACGGUCUAGUUGUAUUUCUCCUCAUUUUCAGUACAAGAGUGAAACUACUUAGACCUCGCGACUGAAAUCUUAGUACUACGAAAAGAGCAUAGAAGCACCAUACGGAAUUCCUAGGUGUAGGUUACAACAGGGAUGACUACCUAUUUCUAAAACUAGAGCUUGAAGACGACGAGUUGACAAAGGUUAUACAAGACCUGAAGUCCUUGCUCAUCGACCAAGGCAGGUUCCACGACCUCUGCGAGCAAGGAUUUACACAGGAAAAAGGCGGAAAGCUAGCGACUUCUGCGGACUUGCGCGACGCAUUAAAUGUCAUCGCGCGGGACGUAGGUAAUUACGUAUACGUGCUCAUUGUCAUUUUAAACUCUAAAUCUUCACCUUGAAUAUUGAAGAUAUCGUCGAUCAAAAUUAACUACGCACUAGCUACUAGUAAAGACGGACUCGUUGUCGUUACAUGCUUAUGCUUGACCCGCAUUCCUAAACCGACUCUCUUUCAACAUGUGACUCAUGGUGUGUUUCAGGUCUUGACGACGUUACGAUGGACGAAGCUGAUGAUCUAUGGAUUCCCGACCUCAAUAAUUUCGAGUACUACACGCUAGCAAAGCGAUUUUUUGAGUCGAUAUCUCGCAGCCUUGACGAGGAAAACGACAAUCUGAUCAUGCAAAUAGCGGGCGCUGUCCCGGGUGCAGGCGGUGGAAGCUAGCGAGGAAUUUUGAAGGACGUCCUCUUUCUUUAAGUUUAAGGGAGUCUUUAGUUGUCGUUCUUACCAACUGCGUUCUUCCUGAAGCUUUGCUUUAUUAGAGUUCAAUCGCACCCUCGCGCUCGCUGCGACUUUGUUCAAUUAUACGUGGUGUAGUACACCAGCGGUCGCGGUGCAUAAUUAUAAGUUCUUAGAAUAUUUCCCAAUUUUUCUCAAACGCCAUCACAGUCUCGAUGGCAGGGCACACGAAAGACCGAAAAACACAAUUGCACGAAGCUAAGGGACUUGUGUUGUGAUACGUGUUUUCGUUCUUCUCUAAUGCACUUCUUGCCAGAGACCUAGCGACGAG